AGGGAAGACGGCGCCGACGACUCCGACCUGGCCAGCCCGAAGCCGCAGCGGGAGUCUGUCUCGUCGGCCGACGAAGCGGAAAUAAAGAAAAAGAAAAAGGCCAAGAAGGAGAAAAAGAGCAAAAAAGAUAAGAAAAAGAAGAAGAAGCGAAAGAAGAAAAAGAAGAAGGUUUCGUCUUCGUCCAGCGAAUUAGAAGACGAAGAAGAGCAGUGGAUGGAGAAGGGAGCGUCCAUCGCUGGCCCGGACGGCCUCGGCGUCGACGGCGACGACUCGUUCGGUCCGAUGCCCAAGGAGAAGGUGCAGCUCUCGAGGAAGGAGAUGGGCCAGGCCUUGUUGCCCGGCGAAGGUGCGGCGAUGGCGGCGUUCGUGGCGGACGGCAAGCGCAUCCCGCGGCGCGGCGAGAUCGGCCUGACUAGCGACGAGAUCGCCUCGUUCGAGGCCAAGGGCUACGUCAUGAGCGGCAGCAGGCAUCGCCGCAUGGAGGCUGUGCGCAUGCGCAAGGAGAACCAGAUCUACUCGGCGGAUGAGAAACGCGCGCUGCAGAUGUUCAACAAAGAAGAGCGGCAGAAACGCGAAAACAAAAUCCUGGGACAGUUCCGAGAGAUGAUCAGCAACAAGCUGAGCAAGAAGUAACGCGUGGUGUCCGGUGCUAUAAACUGCAGACCGAUGUCAAGGAGACGCCACCGGAGGCUUCGUGGUGAAGAGCGCCUGUUUUAGCGAUCCUCGCUGGCUGACCUGGCGCUCCAACUGCGCUGAGUCAGCUGUUUUACUGUUUGCGUGCGGUCGCGGACACGUGUUGUGUACUUCACGCGCGCACGUGGUAACGCACGUGCAGUGGGGGCGGGCUCCGAAAACGUUCGCUGUUUAUCUGUCAUCGGGCACGGCGUGACUCACGCGGCGUGCGGCACCCCCCAUCGCGCGGGUCUGGUACAGUUUGAGCGCGUGUUGCAUGGCGCGCCGGUCGGCUCUGUGGCUGACGGAGGCUCUCCGCGCGGGAUCGCCUCGGGUGACACGCUCGUGCGAAU